AUGGAGUGGGACAGCGAGUCCGACGGCGCCGGCAGCGUCGGCGCCGGCGAGGAGGAGCAGGAGCAGGAGGAGGGGGAACGGGGAGGCGAGGGGGGAGGUGGCGACGCCGGGGGCGCCGGUGGGAUGUUCACGUUCGCGAUUGAAGGCAUGCUGCGCGCGUCCGGGCCGUGCGGGCUCGUCGUCACCGACGCGCUCGAGCCCGACUGCCCCAUCAUCUACGUCAACCGCGGCUUCGAGGAGGCCACGGGCUACCGCGCCGAGGAGGUCCUCGGCAGGAACUGCCGAUUCCUGCAGUGCAGAGGACCAUUUGCUCGAAGGAGGCACCCCCUAGUUGAUGCUGCAGUGGUAUCAGAGAUUCGAAGAUGCAUAGACAAUGGCAUUGAAUUCCGUGGUGAUUUACUAAAUUUCAGAAAGGAUGGAACUCCAUUGAUGAACAGGUUGCAUCUGACCCCUAUAUAUGGAGAUGAUGAAACCAUAACCCAUCAUAUGGGCAUUCAGUUCUUCACUGAUGCUAAUGUUGAUUUGGGACCAUUGCCCUGUUCAAUGACAAAGGAACCAGUGAGGUCAACACGGCGCUUGUAUCAUUUGACAAGAAAUGAAGAUCUCUGGAGAAUGGUUUGCCAGAAUGCUUGGGGUAGUGAGACUACUCGAGCUCUUGAGACAGUGCCGGCCGCAAGAAGGCUGGGCUGGGGUCGGCUGGCAAGAGAACUGACAACCCUGGAAGCUGUUGCCUGGAGGAAAUUGACAGUUGGGGGUGCAGUGGAGCCAUCUCGAUGCAAUUUCAGUGCCUGUGCUGUGGGGAACCGUGUUGUUCUCUUUGGCGGGGAAGGUGUUAACAUGCAACCGAUGAAUGACACGUUUGUAUUGGAUUUAAAUGCUAGCAAUCCAGAGUGGAGGCAUAUCAAUGUGAGCGCAGCUCCUCCAGGUCGCUGGGGCCAUACUCUGUCAUGCUUAAAUGGCUCUUGGUUGGUUGUUUUUGGUGGAUGUGGAAGGCAGGGUCUGCUUAAUGAUGUAUUCAUGUUGGAUUUGGAUGCAAAACAACCAACCUGGCGUGAGAUACCUGGAGUUGCACCCCCAGUUCCACGUUCAUGGCACAGCUCCUGCACUUUGGAUGGAACGAAGUUGGUAGUUUCUGGUGGCUGUGCUGAUUCAGGUGUACUCCUCAGUGACACAUAUCUUCUUGAUGUAACCAUGGAUAGACCAGUUUGGAGAGAAGUUCCUGCAUCCUGGAAACCACCUUCUAGGCUGGGGCACUCAAUGUCUGUGUAUGAUGGCAGGAAGAUCCUGAUGUUUGGUGGUCUUGCUAAGAGUGGCCCUCUGCGGCUCCGGUCUAGUGAUGUGUACACAAUGGACUUAAGUGAAGAAGAGCCUUGCUGGCGAUGCCUCACUGGUAGUGGAAUGCCUGGCGCUGGAAAUCCAGCUGGUGCAGGUCCACCUCCUCGCCUGGAUCAUGUUGCUGUGAGUCUGCCAGGUGGAAGAAUUUUGAUAUUUGGUGGCUCAGUGGCUGGUCUUCACUCAGCAUCACAGCUUUAUCUGUUGGAUCCAACUGAAGAAAAGCCGACCUGGAGAAUACUGAAUGUUCCUGGGCGCCCUCCCCGGUUCGCCUGGGGCCACAGCACCUGUGUUGUUGGCGGAACAAAAGCGAUAGUGCUUGGUGGACAAACUGGAGAAGAGUGGAUGCUUACAGAAAUACAUGAGCUUUCUUUGGCAAGCAACUCAGUUUGA